AUGGGCAUCAAGGUCCCCAAGUUCUCCCGGCGCGGGCUCAAGCCCUACGCGGCCGAAUUCCUCGGCACGGCGCUGCUGAUAGUCAUCGGCGAGGGCGUCAUCGCGCAGUGCCUGCUCUCCGACUUCCACAACGGCACCUGGCUGUCCAUCAACCUCGCGUGGGCGGGCGCCGUGGCGCUGACGUCGUUCCUCGCCGACCCCAGCCCGACGGUCAACCCGGCCGUCACGCUCGCCCUGGCCGCCGUGCGCGGGCCCGCCCACCAGCACUGGCGCGAGGUGCCCGGCAAGCUGCUCGCCCAGUUCGCCGGCGCCUUCGUCGGCGCCGCCCUCGUCUACGUCAACUACCGCUCCGCCAUCCUCGCCUGGGACCCCGAGUACACCAUCCCCGGCGGCAGCAUCAUCAGCCCCAUGGGCCACCACUCGGCCGGCAUCUUCGCCACCUAUCCCUCCGCCCUGCUCGUGUCCAACUGGGAGGCCGUCUUCCAGGAGGUGCUGGCCUCGGCGGUGCUGAUGUUCUGCGUGCUGAGCAUCGCCGAGGGGCCCAACACGCGCUUCGGCGCCCCGCAGGUGUCCGUUUUCAUCCUGAUGGUGGCCAUUGGCGCCGCCCUGGGCUGGCAGACUGGUUACGCCGUCAACCCGGCGCGAGACUUUGGCCCGCGCCUGUUCUCGGCCAUCAUGUACGGCCGCGAGGUCUUCACCGCCGCCAACUACUACUGCUUCGUGCCCCUCUUUGCGCCCAUCUUCGGCUGCCUCUUCGGCGCCACCGUCUACGACUUUAUGCUGUUCGAAGGCGAGGGCUCCUGGGUCCGGGAUGCCGCCGACAAGGUCAACUCGGACCACCACGGUCCUUUGAGGCUGCUGGACUAA